AGGAUUUGUACCCAACCCAUCAUAUGGUCCGCCUCUCGCCAAUGUUACAGCACACACUGCUGCAACUUAGCAUGUCGUAUCCUCGAUCCCAUACUUACGCCAUUUGACCAUUUCUUUGCCUUCCUGCAAUUUCACAAGCUGAAAAGAGUUUCACUCGUAGUUUCGACAUUUGCGCAUACCCAUCAUGAACCUAAUCUGUAUCCAAAAGAAAAACGCCUUUUUCACGUACCUGACUACUGGCUUAGCCGACGUAGAGAGCAUGAACCGUUUAAACUAAAGUGCCAAUCAUAUGAUCGUGUAGAAAUCACCAUAGUACAUCUUUUGUCAGUUUUGAUUUUGACUUUUUGUUGUAAAAAUUUGAAUCAUGCGUUCGACCGAAUAUCUAUAUCAAACUUGCGCAUAUUUCCUGUAUUUCUAAGUCGAGCGCCUCUACCAUGGUCACAACGAUCCGAUUUCUCGAUUUAACGGGGGAUGUAGGACAUUCUUUGACUCUUCUGCAAGAUCCGACGAAUUUUGCUCGUAGUACUUGUAGCGAAGAAAAGGCAUCAAGUGUUGAUGAGACCAGCACUAAUCUCGUCACCGUAUCCUUUCUGAAGGAUGAAUUGCAGCGGGUCUAUGGAGUCCCGAAAAGCUUACUCGCUAUCACUGCUAUUCCAAUCACGAGGCAGCCAGUUAUUGAGUUGUUGGACGAGUCUUCUUCCCCCGGGUCCGAUUUCGAGAACGCCGACCCUUGUCACAUGGACGCAGGAAGUGCGGAGGAAGAAGACGAGAAUGAGACAGAAUUACGCGACACCGACGCCGUUCGCCUUGAAGGAACUGCACAGGAGCAACUUCAGAAAGAGAAUCACACAGGUGUGGACUAUGCCGGCGACCGCAACUGCGGCUUGGAACUCUUGAUUGUGUUUAAUCACACUGAUGAAAACAUCAGGGUGAAGAACGAUGCCGGCCACGAGAUGAAGUCGACCGACAGUGAAACGACAUUGGUCCGCCCUGCUGAUUUCGUGCACCCCGCCCCGCAAAGUGACAGCGCGCUCGCAUGUACUCCAGUGGACGAGGAGCAAAAAGCCACGCUCUCGUCGACGAUCAUCAAUCAGUCUGAAGAUGAGCGAGGGACGACGUCUGUUGGGAUGAAACAAGACGAACUAGGACUAGCUCUACUUCGAGAUCAUGCCGAUGAGAUUCCUGGACCUUUCACAACGCUGUUGAAUUCCAGCCUGGCAUUGACGUCUGAUACCGACCCGACAGAUGCGAGCAACCUGUUUGCAACUACGUUUCCGUCGAGGACUGCAAGCCCCUCGUCGUCCCCAUGCGGAGCAGCGCGCCGCGCAGUCUCUCGGGGUUCGGUUACUAGCACAGCCACACCGUCCUCGCGCGACUCCUCUACAGGCAGUAGUACUCGUAGCACUUCGUGUGUCGAGGAGGGUACUGUUUUAUGCGAGCCGAGUGUUUCAGGAUCAGGCGAGGGAGCCCGGGAGAAUUUGUCCACAGGUAUUAACCCCGCCAGAAGUCGUAAGGCGUCGAAGCAAAGAUGGUGCUACCUGCGGCUCGUGAUUCGAUCGACCAACUUCAAAGACCGCAUUUCUUUACUCGAAGUCGAUCGUAUGGGCUACGCCUGUUGCCAGGAGUACGUUUUCCAGAAUGCAGAGAUGUUCGAAACCUCCCCGAACCUCCUGUUUCGUUUGGCUUGCACGACCUCCACGGGCGCAACGAUCGCGAACAACAGGCAGCAGCAGAAUGGCGUCUGGCAGCCCGAGCAGUUUUCUGGGCGUUAUCUAGAAAAUUUGACGGCCGCACUCAUCGACUAUCGCGCAAGGCUGCGAGGACGUACCGCAAAAGCACCAACUGAAGAAAGCCGCGACAAAACACAGGAUCUGCGGCCUGUCGCCGAAGCACAAGACGACCUCUUUGCCUACGUCGAGAGUACUUCUGGACUUUCCGCUUUCAUGCUGGUCUGCCAGAAAUUUUCCGCGAGUAAAGACGGGCUAAAGAUGUGCUUUCAGCUGCUCGACCAGCUUCCCGCCCACGUGGUCACGCACAUCUCGAAGCGCGGCAUCACCGCACUGCUUUGCAGCCGAAGCGAGACCUUGAGCCUCGCAAUUUUGGACCACGCCGGCGGCUUGGUCGUCGAUGAUGAAGACGGCUGCUCGGACGACGCGUCCUCACUUGUAAGCAUGAUUUGCAGUGAGGACGUUCUGUAUCGCACCAAUGUGAUGCAUUUAGCGUGCUCGAGGCGGCACCGGGACUUGGUAAACCGGAUUCUGGACGUUCUCGAGCAGUAUCUGUGGUCCUUCGUGGCGCAGGAAACGCGGCAGAAGAUUCACGAGACCAUGCAGGUUACAGCAGCACCAAAAGCAUCGCCGGGGUCCUCGAGAAAAUACGCAAGACGGAGCAGCAGCUGCGGCCAAAUUAUGUUCACACCACCGGGCGUCGUUUCGACCGGUGGGAAAAUUGUCCACAAUGCCAAACCCACCACGACAGCGAUGAAUCUCGUGCCGUCGAUGCACGAGCUAGGAAACUCAAGGAGGACCAGCAAUACGGAACGAGAGGAGCAACUCCAGAAGUCUCCGAAAAACGGAGUUGACAGCAACAGCCAGACUACACAUUUGGACAUGGAGGACACGGUGUCGCAGUCGCAGCAUGCUUUGAUGUCACCGCCUGGCUCUACAACUUCAUCAGCGCUUAUUCUUUCUGCAAAUUCGCCAGCGUCCUGUCGCACCAUAAAUCGAAGGUCCCUUUCCUUGGAGUCCGGUUCCGACACAAUAACUUAUUCCGGAAAAAGAGUCCCAUAUCCACCACCGUCGUCACCUUUGAAUGCUUUCCAGCAAAAAUCGCAAACAGCAUCGACUUGGAUUCUCGGCGACAUUUACAAAUUUCUGUGCAUGAAGGACCGCCAGGACCGAACGCCUGGAUCGCUCGCCGGGCUGAACGGCUGGCGUGACGUGGAACAGCGAAUCGUUGGCCUGUUGCGACGAACGCAAAUUUUAGACCGCACCGGUUCGCUCUGAGUGCUAAGUAUACGUCUUGUCAUCCGAUGCCUACAUGCAAAAUCAGUACUUUUCGACGUGCUUUUAGUUUUACUUUUAGAUCUGGCCCCAUUCCUCAUCCCCAGAGCAUGAUUUGUUUCUUUUUCAUGAUGUCCAUGUCAUUUUUGGUCGUACGUUAAUUAUGAGUGUCGAACAUAAACCUGGACCCGUGUGUAAUCAUACUAUAGGAUGUUCUCAGUCAAUGUCGUUCUCAGUUCAUAUUCAACGCAUGAUACUUUGCUGACUGUGCGGACUUUUUCCCGCGAGGAAAGGUAAAGCACGCGAUUGAUGCCAAAACAAGUAUAUUCCACCAAUCUGCUCUGCUUGCAGUAGAUUUUGUGACGAGGAGUGAAAUAAGUACUACAUUGCGGCCGUCGCCGCGAUUUCGCUUGUGUCGAGCUCGAAGUGGUCUAAAUGAUACGUCGCAGCGUCUAAGAGCCA